AUCUUCGAUGCUUAAAAUUCGAUCAUGAGUUCUCUUAAUUGCCUUAAAGUGCUUGUUUGUGUAUUUUGCUUGUGCUUGAAUCAUAAUAUACAUGCAAGGGAUGAGGGACUGUAUAGCGUAGUGGCCCCCGGAACCAUAAUCCCUAAUCGGGACUUCAAAGUAACCGUUGCCGUUUAUCGCAUCAAAGAACCAGUCACCAUUAAACUGGCCAUCUCAGGGAAUUCGUAUAAUGAUUCCCUGACCGUGGACCUACCCACAGACCGCGAAAUGAAAGAGGUCGCCUUUAAGGUGCCUGACCUUUCCUCGGGUGACUACGCACUAACAGCUGAAGGAGUGUCAGGCCUGAAGUUUCAGAACUCCAUUAGUCUUUACUUCCGUGACGAUGCUCCAGUGGUUGUUUUACUAAUUGACAAGGAUGAGUAUAUCCCUGGAGACAAGAUUAGCUAUCGCGUUUUGUUACUAAAUGAGCAACUUCGCCCAGAUACUUAUGCCAAAGAUAUGGUUAUCUGCCUCUUGGAUCCUAAAGGAAACAAGGUUGAUAAGGCCACAAAAAGCAAGGUAGCUGACGGAAUAUUCUGGACAAUUUCAGUUGUCCAAAAGGGCAGCUCUGGGGCAAUGGGAGUUGAACCUCGAGGAUACAGAGGGUACAAAGAAAAAGACCACAAGGUUCUUAUAAAGAUUACGAACUUAGAUGGAUCUCUGGUAUCCGAAAGCAAGUCAGCGGUGAAGCUUAUUUACAGCGAAGGUACUAUACAAAAUAAUAGCUACUUCAGAAAAUUCAGAGAAGUGGACGAAAAGAAGCGCUUUGAGUUCGAAGGCCAAUUGGAUAAGCCGGGACAUUACGUGUUCAAAGCAAACCUCUCUGAUUUACAAAAAAAAAACGAAUACUACGAUAUAUCUGUGGAAUAUAAGGGCGAAGAAUAUCGAAUCCAGCAAACAAUCUCACAAUCGAUAGGCUUCAUUAUGGACGUGACAAAUGCUUUUUUCACACCUCAGAUAGAUGUGGAUUUCUUCCUUCAGAUCCAUGGACCCAAAGAUGACAACGGUCUUCCAGCUGCUUUGGUUGUUGGCGAUGAGUUCCGGGUGACUCUCAAUUCCAACGAACCCAUCAAAUACUUUAUAUACAACAUAGUGGCCCGUAGUCUUAUACUGCACACCGAAAGAGUUGAGUUCGACGAGCCCAAGAUGGUUUACAACUUCACCUUGAAGGCUACGCAUCUCACUGCGCCCCAUUUUUAUAUUUAUGCCUACUAUGUAGACGAACAGGGAGUCCUUCAUCACACCAAGUCUAAAUUCAAAGUUCUCAUGAGUCUUUCCAACGAAAUUAGUAUAUCUGCACCAAGCACAGGGUAUCCUGAAGAAGAAGUCAAGCUAAGAAUCAGAACAGAACCCAAUUCCUUUGUCGGCAUCUUGGCGGUCGAUGAAAGGUUUUCAGGCAGGAUAAGGAUAGAUGACAGAAAACAGGACGAUAUUGAUUAUCUGUUUUAUGUCAAUAAACUCUCAAAUGCUUUGUCAUUUGUCAAGCCCUCAACGAGCUUUCCCAGAAAUCAUGAAAUAGAAAUGAGCUCCUUAGAAGAUCAGUUGAAGGACUUCUAUUUGCACACCUACCACGAUGUUCCUGGAUCGCAUCUUGGUCUUGUCACCAUGACCAACGCCCAGAUUAAGGAAAGGAUCUUUCGAUUCUUCGACAAGGACAAAGACGUAUCUGCGAGAGCAUUAUCAGCGAAAUAUCCUUUGAAAUCCACUGAAUCCUGGCUGUUUUCCGAUAUACAAAUAUCGCACACAGAGGUUACGGAACUGCAAAUAAAGCUUCCUGACACCCUUGGCACCUGGGUAGUGAAAAGUUUUUCCUUGCACCCGGAAAAAGGAUUGGGCGUCUUCCAAAGUAACGUUACACAAAUCAGAACCAUCAAUCCCUACUCGCUCUUCAUUCAUUUACCGUACUCAGUGAAACUAGGAGAAACGGUCAGAAUUCCGGUUCUGAUCGUCAACCAUUUACCCGAAACGAAAUUGAAAGUAGAGUUAGCACUGGACAACGGAGCUGAUGGCCUUGAAGAUUCCUUGGAAUAUCGUCAAACACAACUCAUGGAAAUCGAUGAGUAUGGAGCCAAAAGCGCGUUCUUCAUUUUCUGCCCCAACUAUACGGGAAACUUUAUUCCUCUAGAAUUUACAGCAACCUCUUCAGUUAAAAAUACUACUGUUCAUAAGUCGCUAAUGGUUAUUGAAGACAAUGUAAGAGGCAGCACCGAAUAUAGAAAUCGCGCCAUCCUAGUGAACUUGAAGGACAACCAGGACUACAAAAGCACCUUCCAGGUUGACCUCCCAAAUUCCAGACUGAUCGAGUUUAGUUUAUUCAGUGACCCUCUCGGUCCGAUCCUUCAAAACUUGGGUAUUUCAAUACCGGAUGGCACGGGCGAACUGGUCAUGUCUAAAAUGGUAGUUAACUUUUUGGUGUGGAGCCACCUUAAUGGAACCAAAAAACUCGAUGGAGCUUUGGACACUCGAAUCAAAAAUAAUUUAAAAGAGGGCUAUCAGAACAUACUGAACUAUUGUCACGACGAUGGAAGCUUUAGCUACUUUGACCCCCCGAAAGCCAACGGUUCCAUCUGGCUAACCUCUUACGUCCUGCGUUACUUAGGCGAAAUUAGGGCUGUCAUAUAUGUCGAUCCUACAAUUCUGAAAAAGGGAUUCGCAUUUUUGCUCAGCCGCCAGCAUGAAGACGGAAGUUUCACGGAGGAUUUCAAAUACUUUUCAAGGUCCGGGAGCCCUCUUUUCUUUACAUCCAGUGUCCUGUUGGCUCUUCAGAAACAAACCAGUCCCGAGAAGGAAGCCAUAAGCAAAGCGGUGGCUUUUCUAAGAUCUCAGCUCGACGAAACAGCCUUAUCACUGGCCAAGUCAAUGGCCAUAUAUGCAUUGCAAAAGUCGCAGGCCCCGGGAUCUGAUAAACUUGUGGCGCAACUUAGAUCCGUGUCAAAGCAGGAAAAUGACCAACUUUGGUGGGCAGAGGAUGUGCAGAACGGAAGCCCUCAAGAUGUGGAGAUCACCUCAUAUGCCCUGCUCUCCCUCAUGGAUUCGGAAAUGGAUGUGCCAGAGUCAGCAAUCAGCACCGUUCGAUGGCUUUUGGCCCAGAGAAAUAUUUAUGGAGAAUUUGACUCCAGCCAGAAAACAGUUAUUGGUCUUACAGCCUUGGUUGAGUUCGCUGAAAAAUGUGGUUACAAUCCAAGCGCUUGGGAAGUGAGCAUCAGCAACGAAGACAUAUCCCAAAAAUUCGUCCUAGGCAAUCUGACCCAGUUGACCCAGUCGAUUAACUUCCCGCCGGCCACCAAAUUCCUGGAGGUUCAGGCAAAGGGAACUGGAGCAGCUCUCAUCCAGAUUAGCUAUGGGUAUGACUUCGAGGAGAAGCAGGCCAAUCCAAGCUUCAGUAUUCAGACUACGGUCAGACCCAGCAGUUUGUCAUCGAAGAUGGAGCUAGUCGUGUGCGUGGAGUUCCUGGAGAGGAGCACAAAGGCCUCCAAUAUGGCCGUUUUGGAGGUGUCCCUGCCCUCCGGAUACAGAUCGGAUAGAUCGAGCUUCAAGAAAAUUCGUGAAGUCGAAGGAGUGGGGUCCGUGGAUACCAAGAAUGAAGACUCCGUGGUCAUCGUCUACUUUGAAAGCCUGGCCAAGAAUGAAAGCAAAUGCAUUCCCGUCGAGGCGUACAGAACACUUGAAGUGUUCAAUCUUAAGCCUUCCAGUGUAGUUAUCUAUGAUAAUUAUGGCCGGAAGGCAACCGAAUAUUAUCAACUUAAAUUGGAGCUCAGCGACAUUAGAGGCACUUAAAGUCGCCGUUUUGAGUCCACAGGCUCAUAAAUCAAGCUAUUUCAUUUUAAUCAACGUACCACGCUUCCUACAGCCCACAUUUUUAUGGUACUACUCGAAGUUAAAUCCAAUAUACCAUAAUCACCUUCAAUGUCAGAUCGUAGAUAUGAAUCUGCUGAGUCAGCAAUAAAUAUUUGUAAACAUUGCGCUAGCAAAUUGGA